UUAAAAUAAACUUCCACCGAGUUGACACUUCCACACCCACUAUAUCGCUGCUACGACGCAUAGCCGGUUUGUUAAACACGAUCUCCCAAGCCACAAGUGUUAAGAAGCGCACGAAAAGUAACAAUGCCCUCUUCUCAAAACAUCACCAUCUCAGCCGCCGCGCUGUCCGUCCUGACAUCCUGUGGCGGCAUCAUCGGUUACGCGCGCACCGGAUCCAUCCCUUCCAUCGCCGCCGGCCUCUCCGUCGGCGCCCUUUACGCCCUCAGCUACUAUCGACUCCAAGGCCAACAAUCCUUCGGCGAAGAAUUGAGCCUGAUAGCCUCGACUGUGUUAGCGGGAAGCGCGAUCCCUAGAGCGCUGAAGACGAGGAAGCCUGUUCCCAUUGGCCUGAGUAUCCUGGCUACAUAUGGCUUGAUUGUUUUUGGAUUAGCAUAUAAGGGGAAAAGGGCGACCAGGGUUUAGAAGCUUGGAAUAUUGAAUUUUAGAUUUAGAGCAUGCCAUGGGCGCGUGGGUGUAGGCUAAUGUGAGGCCAGGUAUCCAGUUAUGGCUGGGCUAUCCGAUGGUGUUAGGAGGUGAUUCUUAGUAAUUUUCAUCGGGCCACGGAUGUCAUGCGACCAGUUGAGCUUGUGAGGCUAGAUUUUACGAAAGGUUUGGCACCUGAGAGUGCGCGAUUAACUGGAUUCAGAUGAUGUAUGAUUCAGUGGAUUGAAGUUUCAUAUCAGAUUCUUGAGUUCACAAAUUGAGUGUAAUGUUAGUAUGACAGAACAAAAGUUGUAUAUAAAAUAUGAAUGUGAUAACUAUUCCACACA